GCAGUGACUACCGGCGCUCGACAGGCUUUACUGUUCCAGGUCUUCUUCCACAACAUCCUUGAUCUGACAACUAUAGUUGUCACAAAUGUCUGUUCGUGGGCAUCCACUCUGUCCGACGUCGGCCCAGAAAAGCUCGCACGAUACCAACUCUUUGAUGACGCCCUUCCAAAAGUAAAAAUCAGCUUACAGAGGUCGUAGACUGCGUAUAAAUGACGGUUGAACAUCACCACUAUAUCGCAAGGCUCAUUUUAAAGCCGUGAUCGCUUGACAUAUCUGACUCAGGCGGUGAUGAUGAAACUGGAUUCUCAUGGGCUUGAUAUUCUCCUAAGCAUGUCGAUCGCGCUGAUAGGAUGCGAUGUGCCUCAGUCAGCGUGUUGAAUCUGACUCGUCGAGUAACCCCCGCGGUGGCCCACAUAUCCUGGAGUCAUGUCUGACGCCAUUCAGACCCUUAUCACCAAGAGCCAGUGCGUGAUCCGAUGUGAACAUGGUUCACCAAUAUAUUCAUAUCUAACCGGUUUUCUUCACGUUCACUCGUGCUAAAGAGCCUAUGCGGCAGAUAACUACAUGGUCCCGCCGGACUCAGCCACGCUCAGAAGCUUUCCAAGGAACCAAGUCGUCGUCAUUGUCUCCUACGUUGACCCCCGAGUCGUCCCAGAGGAUAACCGUAUUACCUAUGCCCAAUUCUCGCUUACUCGUAAUAUCACGCUAACUCGUCGUAUCUUCCCCGCAGAACACCCCGUAAUCCGCGUCGUAGGCGGCCGCGCCAAGAACGCGCUGCGCUCUCUCCUCACGCUCGAACACCAUCUCGGCCUGGGCGCGAUCGUCGUCGUGCACCACACCGACUAUGGCGUCUCGCACGCCUCCAGCGCUGAGUUCAAGGCGACGUUUAGAGACCGCGCAGCCACCACAGAGCAAGUCGCCGAGAUCGACGCGAUCGACUUCGACGUUAUCCACGACAGGGACGUGCGAGCAAGCGUGGAGAGCGAUGUAAGGUAUUUGAAGGAGAGUCCAUGGUUCGGAAAUGGGCUACAGGUCGUUGGUUUUGUGUUUGAUUUGAAAACGGGGACGGUAGAUCAGGUACAGUAAUGCCGUUCAUUUUAGGGAGCAAAAUUACAGCGUACGCAUAUAAUACAU